UUGGUUUGUGCAUGUUUUUCCUCAGUGUUCUACAUUAUAAUUUGUUUCAACAGCAACUUUAGCGAUAAGCUUGUUUUGCAAAUCAAACGCAUACAUUUAAGCGUUUUUUUCUUGCAGCUGGGACAGCUAAAUUACCGAGCGAGCUGAGGCUAACACGAUGAAUGACAAGAACGAUAUGUCUUCAACAGAAGUAGAUGUUUUGCGGCAGGUCAACCAGUUUUGGUCCAUGCUGGAUGAGCUCUCUCUAAAUGACCCCACAGGAUACCGCAAGUUUAUCGAGAUACAAAUGAAAAAGGGGGCAGAAUUCAACGCACCGCCUGAGCUCCACUCCUGUGUGAGAACUGAAAUGUUGGAACCAAAACCAGGCUUGCUUUACAUUAAUAUAUUCGGCUGGAAACGUGUUCCUGCACCGCAAACUCUGAGAAGCCCUUUACCAAUGUGCGGAGGCAAACUGGAACAAGAGAUCAUCGGAGGUCAAGGCUGGUGUGCUGUGUUGGAUGUGGCAUUAAAUCCUGCAGUGCUACAGGAGAGUAAAGAUAAGGUUGACAUAACCAAUAUUUAUAAGCUGGCCCUGAGCUUUGCCCAGCAGCAGCAUGGGAUGCAGUUAUCUCCAGAGUACAGUGUUGUCAACUUCAGCCCAAAAAGUAGCCCAGAUGACUUAUACCGUCGACUUGGGUUUCAAACGCAGCACCCCUUUAAACAACCAAAACCAGCUUGUCAGACUCCAGCUUCCCUCAUCUCAAUCUUAUCUAAUCCGUCAGACAAAUUAGAUGACGACUCUGCGCCCCAAAUUAGCUGCAGACCUACAGAGAACAAAAAGGAUUUGAUCCAGGUCAUAUCCACCACUUCUGUAGAGCCUCAGAAGCCAGAGUACCAACUGGAGGUGAAGACUGAUACAGCAGGAGUCCCUCGCAGCGUGGAGCUGACAGUGGAGCUGCCAGGGGUUCGCUCCGUGUCAGAGUGCCGGCUGCAAGUGUCCGAGAAAGAUGUUCUUCUGGAAGUGGAGGAUGUGUACUAUCUGCUUCUGGAGUUGCCAACAACUGUAAACGAGGAGACUGCCUCGGCCAUUUUCAACAAGAAGAAACACAGGCUUACUUUGAUGGUGGAUGUUUUGUGAUAAAUGGCCUUUUAGAGGGGGGAAAUGAAUAUUACUAAGAGGGAGUUUUGAUAUUGAAAAUACUCAAAGUGAACCAAACAAAUUUAUAUAACACACUGCUGAGGGACACAUGCACUGCGUCAAACUAACAGUUUGUAAAUCGUCCUUUUUCAGCAACAAAAUGUUUCUAAAAUAAACAGAAUUGUCACCAUGUGCCAGAUG